AUCACUGCGUGGUUUGUUUUGAUCGGCAACCGUGCACAUUGCGCUCACGCCACAAACCGGUUGUAACGCGAAACGCAAAGCACCGCCAUGGAUGAUGUCCCUGCGUCGUCCCUCGGAAAUGGGGCGGAAGCUGGAACAGCUGACAAUGGAGUUGCACUGGACGAUAUGGAGGAAGAGCGCAAAAACUUCUUCAAAAUAAUCGCAGCUUUCAAGUACUACAGGCAUAGUUCGGUGGUCGAGUUGAAGCGUAAAGAAGGCUUCCUGCAAACCCUACCCCAGACACAUCAAAGUAUGCUGCAGAACUAUCAGGAGCAUUUGCGAAAUCUUAAGUGCUGUAUCGACGUUAACGCACAGGUGAUCAAGCAGAUAAUACAGGAUGCCAACUGCCUGUUUCAAAAUGCGGAUCACAACAUCGAGCCAGGACUCCCGCAGCCGUCCGAUGGGCGUGACGGCGUGAAAAUUCGUUAUCAAGACUUUCAAAAGGUGCAAAUUACACUGAAGCAGAUAUUUCGAGACUGGAGCGAGCACGGCAAACUCGAGCGUGACCAGUGUUACCGGCCGAUAGUGGAAGAAAUCACAAAAUUUUUCGAUCCCUCCAAAUACGAGCUUUCCAAGGUGAAAAUCCUCGUGCCAGGUGCCGGCCUCGGGCGACUGAUCUACGAACUUGCCUGUCAGGGGUUUUACUGCGAAGGCAACGAGUUCUCUCUAUUCAUGUUGAUCGCAUCGAACUUUGUUCUAAACAGGUGCGUAAUUGAAAAGCAGUGUACAAUCUACCCAUGGGUUCACCAGUUUGUGAACAACCUUAGCCUGGAGCAUCAGCUGGAACCAGUUUCGUUCCCUGAUGUCAGCCCAACCAAGUUUCCACCAAAAGGCACGAUGAAUAUGGUGGCAGGUGACUUUUUGCAGGUUUACCGCGAUGAGGACUACUGGGACUGUAUAGCGACGUGCUUUUUCAUCGAUUGCGCCAACAACAUCAUCGAGUUUGUGGAGGUGAUUAAGAAAAUCCUGAAACCGGGCGGCAUCUGGGUGAACCUUGGUCCGUUGCUGUACCACUUCUCGGAUGUGCCACACGAAGGUAGCAUAGAGCCGUCGUAUGAGGAUUUGUUACAGAUUAUACGCUCUCUUGGUUUUACCAUCCUGAAAAAUGAAACGGAUAUCGUGACCACCUACUCCCAAAACCCCAAUUCAAUGCACCAAAGCCAUUACAACAGCAUCUAUUUGGUGUGCCAGAAGCCCAUCAAUUGACCAGAGUCGCACAUUUUGCGCACCGUUUUUUCGCAGGGUUUUA